AUGUACGUGGGCUUUGCAGGUGGCCUUGGAGCUCGAGCCGGAGCUGCAGGAGCUCCCGUGCCGCUCCGCUUUCAGGCGGCUUAUACACAGUGCUCUGGGCCUUUGGUGGCUGCCACGUCGAUCACAUGGGUGGCCGUCAACCGCUGGAAACGGCGCAUCCCCCGGAGAAGCCGCGGGGGUGAGGCCGAUGGGCCAAGAAAGAGCCAAUCUGCGAGUCAGGAGGAGGAUCCCGACUUCUUCUCCGGCUUUCGCGCCGCGCUGGGCAGCAAAGAAGCGCAGCUGACGCAGGAGCUCCAGGCCGCCCGCAGAGCGGCGGAGGCGGCGGAGGGGCGCGCUUCCAAGGUGGAGGGGGAGAAGCAAAAGCUUUGGAAGGAGGUGGUGGAAGCCAGGAAGACGCGGAAUGCCGACAAGGAGGCUUUGGCCAAGUUGGAGCGGAAGGUCCUGAGCUACCAGCAAGAGACCGAGCGGACGACGGUUCUUGAGGAGCGGGAGCGCCAGGCGCAGAGCGAGAUCCAGCAGCUGAGAGCGGCGCUCGAAGAGGCCAGGAUGGCAGAGGAGGAGGAUCCUGAGGAGCUGGCGGCCCUGGAGGCGGAAAAGCAGCGCCUGGCAGCGAGGGUCGCAGAGCUUCAGGAGGAACAAGCACAGCUGUCAGCUGUGCAGGCCGAAAAAAGCAAAGUGGAAGGUCAGCUACUGGCAGUUCAGGACGAGCUGGAGGAGGCGGAGGCGCGGUGGCAGCUGGUGGCGGCGGAUCUGAACCAACGGCUGGCCUUGGCGGAGGAGGAGAGUCGACGGCUCAAGGCGCAGGAGAAGCAGGCGGGCCCGAACUCCUUCGCCAGCCGGGCGGCGGCGGCGAGAGCCGAGCAAGAGGUGGCCAAGCUGCAGGCCGAAAACGCGGAGCUGGCGGCAGCACGCGACCUCAGCGAUGCGAAGUCCGAGGCAGAGAAGGCCAAACUCGCCCAGCUGGAUGCCGUGCGCACGGAGGCCGACUCCAAAGUGAGCAAGCUGAAGGCUGCUUUGGAGUCUGAGCAGGCAGCGAGGGCUGACUUGGAGAAGCAGAUGCAGGCCGACCAGAAGGAGGUGUUGGACAGCUUGACGAACAAAGCAGCAACGGCUGCCAAAGCAGUUGAGGCAAGUGAGGCAGAGAAGGGCAAACUCGCCCAGCAGCUUGAUGCCGUGCGCACGGAGGCCGACUCCAAAGUGAGCAAGCUGAAGGCUGCUUUGGAGUCUGAGCAGGCAGCGAGGGCUGACUUGGAGAAGCAGAUGCAGGCCGACCAGAAGGAGGUGUUGGACAGCUUGACGAACAAAGCAGCAACGGCUGCCAAAGCAGUUGAGGCAAGUGAGGCAGAGAAGGCCAAACUCGCCCAGCAGCUGGAUGCAAUGCGCAAGGAGGCCGACUCCAAAGUGAGCAAGCUGAAGGCCGCUUUGGAGUCUGAGCAGGCAGCGAGGGCUGACUUAGAGAAGCAGAUGCAGGCCGACCAGAAGGAGGUGUUGGACAGCUUGACGAACAAAGCAGCAACGGCUGCCAAAGCAGUCGAGGCAAGUGAGGCAGAGAAGGCCAAACUCGCCCAGCAGCUGGAUGCCGUGCGCACGGAGGCCGACUCCAAAGUGAGCAAGCUGAAGGCUGCUUUGGAGUCUGAGCAGGCAGCGAGGGCUGACUUAGAGAAGCAGAUGCAGGCCGACCAGAAGGAGGUGUUGGACAGCUUGACGAACAAAGCAGCAACGGCUGCCAAAGCAGUCGAGGCAAGUGAGGCAGAGAAGGCCAAACUCGCCCAGCAGCUGGAUGCCGUGCGCACGGAGGCCGACUCCAAAGUGAGCAAGCUGAAGGCUGCUUUGGAGUCUGAGCAGGCAGCGAGGGCUGACUUAGAGAAGCAGAUGCAGGCCGACCAGAAGGAGGUGUUGGACAGCUUGACGAACAAAGCAGCAACGGCUGCCAAAGCAGUCGAGGCAAGUGAGGCAGAGAAGGCCAAACUCGCCCAGCAGCUGGAUGUCAUGCGCCAGGAGGCCGACUCCAAAGUGAGCAAGCUGAAGGCCGCUUUGGAGUCUGAGCAGGCAGCGAGGGCUGACUUAGAGAAGCAGAUGCAGGCUGACCAGAAGGAGGUGUUGGACAGCUUGACGAAGAAAGCGGCCGCAGCUUCCAAAGAAGUCAAGGCGAGCGAGGCAGAGAAGGCCAAACUCGCCCAGCAGCUGGAUGUCAUGCGCAAGGAGGCCGACUCCAAAGUGAGCAAGCUGAAGGCUGCUUUGGAGUCUGAGCAGGCAGCGAGGGCUGACUUAGAGAAGCAGAUGCAGGCCGACCAGAAGGAGGUGUUGGACAGCUUGACGAACAAAGCAGCAACGGCUGCCAAAGCAGUCGAGGCAAGUGAGGCAGAGAAGGCCAAACUCGCCCAGCAGCUGGAUGUCAUGCGCAAGGAGGCCGACUCCAAAGUGAGCAAGCUGAAGGCCGCUUUGGAGUCUGAGCAGGCAGCGAGGGCUGACUUAGAGAAGCAGAUGCAGGCUGACCAGAAGGAGGUGUUGGACAGCUUGACGAAGAAAGCGGCCGCAGCUUCCAAAGAAGUCAAGGCGAGCGAGGCAGAGAAGGCCAAACUCGCCCAGCAGCUGGACGUCAUGCGCAAGGAGGCCGACUCCAAAGUGAGCAAGCUGAAGGCUGCUUUGGAGUCUGAGCAGGCAGCGAGGGCUGACUUAGAGAAGCAGAUGCAGGCCGACCAGAAGGAGGUGUUGGACAGCUUGACGAAGAAAGCGGCCGCAGCUUCCAAAGAAGUCAAGGCGAGCGAGGCAGAGAAGGCCAAACUCGCCCAGCAGCUGGAUGUCAUGCGCAAGGAGGCCGACUCCAAAGUGAGCAAGCUGAAGGCUGCUUUGGAGUCUGAGCAGGCAGCGAGGGCUGACUUAGAGAAGCAGAUGCAGGCUGACCAGAAGGAGGUGUUGGACAGCUUGACGAAGAAAGCGGCCGCAGCUUCCAAAGAAGUCAAGGCGAGCGAGGCAGAGAAGGCCAAACUCGCCCAGCAGCUGGAUGUCAUGCGCAAGGAGGCCGACUCCAAAGUGAGCAAGCUGAAGGCUGCUUUGGAGUCUGAGCAGGCAGCGAGGGCUGACUUAGAGAAGCAGAUGCAGGCCGACCAGAAGGAGGUGUUGGACAGCUUGACGAAGAAAGCGGCCGCAGCUUCCAAAGAAGUCAAGGCGAGCGAGGCAGAGAAGGCCAAACUCGCCCAGCAGCUGGAUGUCAUGCGCAAGGAGGCCGACUCCAAAGUGAGCAAGCUGAAGGUUGCUUUGGAGUCGGAGCAGGCCGGGCAAGCGGCGCUUCGCCGGCAGCGGGGCGCGGCGGAGCAGGCGGAGCGCCAAGGCAUCCGCGAGAGUUUGGCGGAGAUCCGGCGACAGCUCAAGGCCAAGAAGGACCAGCUGUACCUGGAGAAGUCCAGAGCCAUGGAGCUAGAGGUCGCCAACUCCGGGCUCCGACAAGACCUGCAGCACUUGGAGACGGCCACUGCGCGAUUGCGCCAGGAGCAGAAUGAGAAGAUCAGCCAGCUCUCCCUUGAGGUGGCCGAGGUGGGUGCGCUGCGGCGGCGAGUGGACACCCUGGAGACGCUGCAGCAGGGUAUGGGCGACUGCCUACAGGACUCGCAGCGCCGCGCCAGAGAAGCCGAGGAGAAGGCCAGCGAGCUGCUGGCCCGGCUGGGCCAGAGUUCCGCGCGAGUCGGGCGCGCAUGA